GGGAGGUGGCGGCCGCGGUGGCCGGCGCUGGAGCAGGACAGGAGGCGGAGGAGGCUGAGCCAGCAAAGGAAAGACAGGACCUGACAGUGGAAACCAGCAAAGACAAGGUUGCAGGCCUUGAAUGUGGCAAAGCAAAAACAAUGGACCUCAAGUUCAACAACUCCAGGAAGUAUGUCUCCAUCACUGUGCCCUCCAAAACCCAGACAAUGUCACCACACAUCAAGUCAGUUGAUGACAUUGUGGUGUUGGGCAUGAACCUCAGCAAGUUUAACAAGCUCACACAGUUUUUCAUAUGUGUUGCUGGAGUUUUUGUGUUUUACCUAAUUUAUGGAUACUUACAGGAGCUGAUAUUUUCAAUGGAAGGCUUUAGGCCCUAUGGCUGGUACCUGACUUUACUGCAGUUUGCUUUUUACUCCAUGUUUGGCCUAAUAGAACUUCAGCUCAUUCAGGACAAAAGGAGAAGAAUACCAGGAAAAACCUACAUGAUAAUAGCUUUUCUAACUGUGGGUACUAUGGGCUUAUCAAACACUUCCUUGGGCUACCUGAAUUACCCCACCCAAGUCAUCUUCAAGUGCUGCAAACUGAUUCCAGUUAUGCUAGGAGGAGUUUUUAUUCAAGGAAAGCGGUACAACCUUGCAGAUGUGUCUGCAGCAGUGUGCAUGAGCCUUGGCUUGAUCUGGUUUACCCUGGCUGACAGUACAAUUGCACCAAACUUUAAUCUGACAGGUGUGAUGCUUAUCUCCCUGGCGCUGUGUGCAGAUGCUGUCAUUGGGAAUGUUCAGGAGAAAGCUAUGAAACUGCACAAUGCUUCCAACUCUGAGAUGGUUUUGUAUUCCUACUCCAUCGGUUUUGUGUACAUCUUGCUGGGACUGUCGUGCACUAGUGGGCUAGGACCUGCAGUGGCAUUUUGUUCAAAGAACCCUGUUCGCACCUAUGGCUAUGCCUUCCUCUUUUCCCUCACUGGAUACUUUGGGAUCUCCUUCGUUCUAGCCCUGAUUAAAAUCUUUGGUGCUCUGCUUGCUGUGACAGUGACAACAGGAAGAAAAGCAAUGACCAUAGUCCUGUCAUUUAUAUUCUUUGCCAAACCAUUCACAUUUCAGUAUGUAUGGUCUGGCUUGUUAGUUGUCCUUGGCAUAUUUCUCAAUGUUUACAGCAAAAAUAUGGAUAAAGUAAAAUUGCCAUCAGUGUACAAUCUGAUGAACAAAGCCAUGGACAUGAAAAAAUCAAGGACAUUGGCAGAGACUGUGUAGGCACUGAGAUAGCCUAUUUAAAAUGGAACUCUAAGGGGACAGUCAUUAAUCAGUCCACUUUCCAAAGGCUUGUGAUCAAAACCAAAGGAUCUAAAGGCUGCUGUUGUGUGAGCAGCAGUUUGUGGCAUCAGCCUCUGCAGAACACAUGAUGGACCAGCUCCGAAACAGUCCAGAGCCACACCUAGGACUUGUUUCAAUACAGUCAGUAUGAAGGAAAGCACUUCCUAGCAGUGUCCUGAACAUUUCACUGGAAAUGGACCAUGUUGACAGACUGAUUGGAAAUCCUUCCACAUGCAGCGCGGUGCUGUGUAGUAGCACACUGUUUCGUCUCCGUUCCGUUUUGGUGGUGUUAUUUAAAUUGCUUCUCUGUUAUAAGAGUGAACCAAUGAUUUAAAGUCUAGAGAAAAUAGAAUUCAUUUAUAAAUAAAAUUAUCC